CUCCUUUUUAGGCCUCCUUCCGACGCCUUCGCUACCAAGAGAAACAUCAUUUCAAGAUAUCAGUUAUUAGGAUUUUUGGAGAAACUACGAUCUGUGGAUCUCGAUAACUAUGGUUUUAGGACCUUCUUUGUUUGAUGGUUUUCUGUUUUUCUCCUUUUCUAGGAAAUUUACUGUUACCUAUUUUUGGGAAACGGAAACCGAGAUAUAGUUCCCCUCCCUCUGCUCUCUGCUGUUCUUAAAUUUCCUAUAUUCCUUGCCUCCUUGGGGCCCAGUUUCCGCUUGUUCUUCCUCUCAAAAAAAGAGGGGGACAUACAGCUUUUGGCCGGGAAAGGGCUCCCCGGCGGGCGGAGAAGCAGAAAGAUGGCGGGGUACGGAAUGCCCGCCGCGGGCUAUCCACCUCAGUGUUCGCACCCCUCCGCUGCGUGUUCUCCGCCUCCGUAUUACCCUCCUUAUCCACCUCCCCAGCCCGAUCAGACAUACUACUAUGGCGCCGCCGCCGGUGGCAACCGUCACCGCACCUUUUUCCAGUGCUUGAUAUUAUGCGCGACCACCAUCUUCGUCGUGCUGAGCAUUAUUAGCUUCAUCUUCUGGAUCGUCUUCCGCCCUCAACUCCCGGAUUUCUCUGUCACCGACGUCACUGUCUCCGGCUUCAACUUCUCUGGGAACGAAUUAUCGGCCAAUUGGGACGUGAAUGUCACCGCCUUUAAUGGCAACAAGAAGUUGAGAGUCAACUAUGACUUCAACAAGGCCGCCAUCUACUACGAAGGCGAGGUUUUGGCCGUCACUUCCCUUCCCCCUUUCUACCAGGACACGCAGACGACUACCACCAUCCCUGUCCACCUCGCCACCGCCUCGACGUUUCUAUCCGACUUCACAUCAAACCAGCUAAAGUCCUCCCGAAGCAAUGGGGAGGCUUCUUUCGAUAUCCAGCUGCGGUUCGGUUUGCAGUUCAAGUCCCGCAAGUGGACGACUCGGUGGCGUACUCUGAGGAUUUUAUGCGAGAAUGUGGAGAUCGAUUGGACCACCUCAGGAAGCAACCCGGCCGUCGGAAGAUUGAAAUCAGCCGGCCGGUGUCUCGCGUAUCAUUGAGCGUGAUGCCCUUCUCAUCCUCUGUUUCUUCUGAUCUUUUGCUUAGUAACUGCUUCGGAAAAUGUACAGAAUCACGAAUUAGCAGGGCUGUGCUGCAAAUUCUUGUACCAUUCGUUGGUUGUGUUGAGUUCCUUCGUUAAACCAGCGAUGGCAAUGAAUAAGUUCGAGAUAAUGGGGAAAAUGAAUGAGAGAAGAGAAGAUUCAGAUAUUCAUCGUA